CCGCUGCUGUCCUCUCCUUCACAUCACCGACGGGACUCGGCCGCAGUGCCGUCUCGUCAAACACGCCGUCAAAAAAAACAACGCGUUCCAGCAGCGUGUCUUCUGCGUUGCUCACGCUUUCCACACGCUUUCCUUUUUGUUACUGACCACCUUGUCGGUGUCUCUCUGUUGGUGCCUGCAUUAGCCAGCGCGCUCAUGAAAUCCACAACUGCGGAUGUGAUCGACUGUUUUAUUUUUAUUUACCACUAUCACUAAGCCUAAGUUUCAUAUAUUUCAACACCUAUUUUCCCAAUUUUACACAUCACUCGUUGAUAUUCCUUGAUAUCGUUGGUUUUUGCUCUAUGUGUUAGUUAAUUUGUACCCAGAGCCCUUGUCGUCUUUUCCAUUCAUUACAAUACAUCCUCUGGUAUUCCUUUUCUGCUUUUUGUUUCUCCCAGUUUUUCCUUAUUUCUCUUUUUUGGCUUUUUUUCCCACCUUUUUUCAUCAUGAUUGAGGAUAAAUACAUUGGUCUAGCCUUAGCUAUAUCAUCAUCUUUAGCCAUUGGUACCUCUUUUAUUAUCACUAAAAAGGGUCUUCUAAAUGCUCAGUCUCAAGGUUUUCAAGGCGAAGGUUACCAGUAUUUGAAAAACCCCAUCUGGUGGUCUGGCAUGUUGACCAUGGUCAUAGGAGAAAUAGCCAAUUUCGCUGCUUACACUUUCGCUCCUGCUAUUCUAGUUACUCCCCUUGGUGCUUUAUCUGUAAUUAUUGGUGCUGUAUUGGCCUCUAUUUUUUUAAAAGAAGAACUAGGCAUUUUGGGUCGUAUGGGUUGUGCCAUAUGUCUAUUAGGUUCUGUUAUAAUAGUUCUACAUGCUCCAAAGGAUAAAGAUAUUCAAACUGUCGAUGAAAUCUUAUCCUAUGCUUUACGUCCUUGUUUCAUCAUUUACGCUUUACUUAUCCUAACCUUCUCUCUAUUCAUGAUCUAUAAAAUUGUCCCAAUUUACGGUGAAAAGAAUCCAAUGAUCUACAUCUCAAUUUGCUCCUCUGUUGGCUCCAUCUCUGUCAUGUCAAUCAAAGCCUUCGGUAUUGCUUUGAAAUUAACCUUAUCGGGUAACAACCAAUUUACUCAUCUAUCCACUUAUUUCUUUGUUUUAGUUGUCGCAAUUUGCAUCCUAACUCAAAUGAACUAUUUCAAUAAAGCUCUCAACAGAUUUGAUACCUCAAUCGUCAAUCCCCUUUAUUAUGUCACUUUUACAACAAUGACCUUAACCGCCUCCUUCAUCUUAUUCCAGGGCUUUAACACCACUUCUUCUGUUAAUAUUAUCAGCUUAAUCUGCGGCUUCUUGAUUAUAUUCUCUGGUGUUUAUCUUUUAAAUAUCUCAAGAAAAAAUAUCGAUGAGAAUAACAUGGACUACUUGCCCACUUCAAAUAACUUCAAUGAUCCAUUCGACGAUAAUACCGCUUAUUCUCUACACAACAAUAACUCUAAUAACAAUCAUGACUUUUCAAAUCAAAACUCAAGAUUAUUCGGCUCUGGAAAUUUAAUUAAAAACUUUAAUGAAAUACCUCUAGAUAAUGGUGUUGGCGGUGGUGUAUCCAUAAGAAGAUCUCUUAAUUUACAAAGAAGAGUAACAAGCAUUUCAAGUAAUCAUUCAGUUAGAAUUCACUCCAAUAACAAAAAUAACACCAUCACCGGCGACAACAAUCAAGAUAACUUCAAUUACUCAGAUGACUCAAUCAACGAGCAUGUUGGUUUGACUUCUUUAAACCAUAAAAAAAGUAAUGAUAAUGAUAACGAUGAUGAUGAUUCAAUAAAUCAAUUUAGAAUUUAAAUUUAAAAACAAACAAACUAAAAAAAAACUAAAAUUAUAAUUAUAUUUACCAUUUUUACUUCUUUUUUUCUAUAUAUAUAUAUAUAUUUAUUGGGUUGGGC